GCGUUGCGCGCAGUCAUGGCGGUGCCGAACGGGGCCGGGGCCGCGGCCGGGCCGGGCCCGGGGGUGGGCCCGGGGGUCCCGGGGGUCCCGGGGGUCCCGGGGGGCCCGGCGGGGCCCGGGGGCGGCCUGCGGGCCGCGGCCGGCCUCUACGAGCAGCUCAAGGGAGAGUGGGGCCGCAAGAGCCCCAACCUGGCCAAGUGCGGGGAGGCGCUGGGCAGGCUCAAGGUGGCUCUGCUGGACCUGAACUUCCUCCCCACCUCCGGCUCGGCCAUGACCAACCAAAAACACCCCAAAAAUAGGGACAUUCUGGAGAUCGGGGCGCAGUGGAGCAUCCUGAGCAAGGACAUCCCCUCCUUCGAGCGCUACAUGGCUCAGCUCAAGUGCUACUACUUCGACUACAAGGAGGAGCUGCCUGAGUCGGCGUCGCGGCACCAGCUGCUGGGGCUGAACCUGCUGUUCCUGCUGUCCCAGAACCGCGUGGCCGAGUUCCACACGGAGCUGGAGCGGCUGCCGGCCCCCGACAUCCAGGGCAACCUCUUCAUCCGGCACCCCGUGUCCCUGGAGCAGUACCUGAUGGAGGGCAGCUACAACAAAGUGUUCCUGGCCAAGGGCAACAUCCCAGCAGAGAGCUACACCUUCUUCAUCGACAUCCUGCUGGACACCAUCAGGGACGAGAUCGCGGGCUGCAUCGAGGCCGCCUACGAGCGCAUCCUGUUCCCCGAGGCCGCGCGGAUCCUGUUCUUCAGCUCGCCCCGCAAGAUGACCGACUACGCCAAAAAGCGGGGCUGGGUGCUGGGCCCCUCCAACUACUACAGCUUCGGGGGGCGGCAGCAGAAGGCCGAGGACCCCCCGAUCCCCUCCACGGAGCUGGCCACGCAGGUCAUCGAGUACGCCCGGCAGCUGGAGAUGAUCGUCUGAAAAAAACACAAAAUUCCCUUCCUUUCCUCCUCAUUCCCCUUUUUUUCUGUUUUUUUCCGCCUUUUUUCCGAGAUUUUUCCACCUUUUUUCGGGGGUUUCCAACGUUUAAAGUGGUUUUUUUUUUGGAGGGGGUUGAACUGUUUAAAGAUUAUUUUGGGCCUUUCCUACGUUAACGCCUCCAAAAUUUCCCUAAAACUCUGUUUGUUAUUUUUGUUUCUCUUAUUUUAUUGGGGUUUUUGGCGGUUGAAGUAUUUUUUGGGGGGUGGUUAAAUAUUUAAAAUGAGUUUUGGGGGGGUCUUGAUGCUCUCUGAAACCCCCGGGACCCCCAAAAUCCCCAUUUAUUCCCAUUUUCUCUUUGAUUUUAUUGCAUUUUUGGGGGGAGUUUUGAUGUGGGAACCCCAAAACCCCCUCAGACCACCCCAAACCCCCCCCAAAUCCCCCUUUUGGUUCCCAUUUCCCCUCAUUUUCGGGAGGUUUCACAAUUUAAAGGUUCUUUCGUGAGGGGAUUUGGCGACCCCCUCCCCCUUUUCGGGCAGAACCGGGGGGCUGAGCCCCCUCCCCAAAAAUACAAACCCCAAAAUGUUGUUCCAAUAAAGCGCUGGAGCCGGA